UUACCCAGUGACAGUGAUACUAGACCAAGAAAACCAAGAGACCGUGAAGAACUACGAUUACUUUGGCGCAAAGCUAUUCAACAACAAAUUGCAAUUAUACGAAUUCAAAAAAAGAAUAAAUACAAUGGCCAUCCGUGUGAUGAUGAUGAUGAUGGUAAAUUGGAUUACGAAGAAAUCCCGAUUUGCACUCAAGAAAUGUAUCAGAUGUGGAAUGAUAUUAUGGCUAAAGAGAGUGAAGGACCGUUGCCUUAUCAUACAUUGGUGGCAGCUGUUAAAGCAGGUAUACCAAAAACAUUACGAGGAGAAAUAUGGAAUUUUCUACGCAGGCAAUAUUACGCUCGUGACAAAAGGCAAUCUACAUGUGAAAAUAGUGAAGAAAAUUCCUUAACUAAAUUAUUAGAAAAGGAAACUACGAAUCAUCACCACGCUAUUGCGCUAGAUCUAGGCCGGACAUUUCCUACGCACAAAUAUUUUCUUUCACAAGUUGGUAACGGCCAAGUUGCGUUAAGAAAUGUCUUGAAAGCCUAUGCAUUAUUGGAUUCUGAAGUUGGAUACUGUCAAGGACUGAGUUUUGUAGCGGCGAUACUAAUUAUGCAUAUGGAUGAAAACGAUGCAUUUGAAUGUUUCAAAUAUAUUUUAUAUGAUUUACAUUUACGUGACCAAUACAAGCCGGAUAUGGCGGCUUUGCAUAUCCAAAUGUAUAAUCUAUCCAGAUUAAUAUACGAUUAUCAGCGAGAUGUCUAUCAAAAUCUUGAUCAAAAUGAAAUUGGCCCUUCCUUGUAUGCUGCUCCCUGGUUUCUAACUUUAUUCGCAUCGCAAUUUCCAUUAGGAUUUGUAGUCCGGGUUUUAGAUCUGUUAUUUUUGGAUGGCAUAGAAGCUAUCUAUAAGAUCUCGUUAAUGUUGAUAAAGCACUUUGCUAAACCUAUCUUAGCUGCUGGCAGCUUUGAAUCCACGAUAGAUGUACUAAAACAACAUUUGCCGUCAAUGGUGCAAGACCACCUUGAUGCUAUUCUUGAAGGAGCAGCAUCAUUGGAGAUUAGUAAUCAGCUUAAGUCAUUUGAAAUUGAGUAUCACGUUUUGCAUGAAGAAAUGCUAAGCGCUCCUGAAUUAAUUCCGAGUGAUAGUGCUGACAGCCGAAUUUCACAAUUAGAGAGUUUAAAUCAACAUCUCAAGCGGCAAAAUAUUGAAUUAGUUGAUAAAUUAGCCAAUGCGCGUAGUAAAAUUAAUAAAUUCGAUGAAACGAUAGAACUGAUGAAAGUCAAUGAAGUUAAAUUAAUAUCAAGAAUCCAAGAACUUCAAGAAGAGAGA